UCCUUGACUGACGACCCCAGCACGCCUGAUACACGCGGUUUCUUCAUGUCGCUUGCCCGCUGUGAUAAGCCGUGAUAACGGGAUCAAGCACACGUGUUGUUGAUCCACGGGACCUAUUUCUGCUUCCGUUUGCAUUUGUUUCCGUAUGUUUGCGCCAUGUUCGACUUCUGGCCAUCAUGCCGCGAGCCGGCAUGCCAUUCAAAGAAGGCGGGGGCCUGUUUGUUUGGCCGGCCACGAGUCUACUCUAUUGUCGGUGUCGGCCCGGGCGAGGGUAUAAGAGCAUGGGUGUUGAUUCUGAUCCCCCCAUUCCCCCUUCCUUUCUGCCUUCAUGUGCUCCUAGGGUUGGCUGCUCAUCGACGGGCACGUUCGCGACUCAUCUAUCUUCUUUCUUUUUCUUACCUGUCUUCUCCAUCUGCUUUCUUUUGCCAUUGCUCGCUUCGGGCGCUUGCGCCACACAUCGUCCAGCCCACCCAUCGUCCUCGUUGUGAUCCCUUUGCCCACCGGCAGAUGUUUUAUGAUCGGGCCCUUUGCUUGCUACCUACAGCCACUACUUUAUGACUGCUUUCUUGGCCUCCUUAGCUUCCUCAUCGUCGUCGAUGCCGACCUUUGCCACAUUGUGGCGGACCUGGGUUUCGACAUCGUCGUUGGAUGUCGACGAGG